AUGGAACCCCCUUUAAGCAAGAGGAAUCCGGCGAUAAGAUUAGCGGAUUUGGCAGCGACUCAACCCCUUCCUCAUCAGAAUAUGACAGGCUUCCCGGGGCUAGGGGGGCAUCACCCUCUCUCCCACCAUGCCCACCUCCACCCUGGGGAGCUGGGCAACGACCCCGGAGUGGCACUCACUCCAUUUGGACCAGAGCACAUGGCACAGACAAAUGCUCUCAAACUUAGCCCAUCUCAGCACAUUCAGAGCCAUCACGAAGCCCAGACCGCGGCAUCUUUCACUUCUGCUCAGACCACAGUUGGUUUCCCCGUGGCUCACCCCCACUCAGGCUACUCAAGCAGCAGGGACUUCAUCCUCAGGAGAGAACUCUCAGCCUCUGCUAUGCAUGCACUUGGCGACCAGCAUAGUUCCGCCUCCUCCCCUCAUCACCAUGGCAUGUUCAUCUCCCCAACAGGUGCUUAUGGGCACGCGGAAAGUGGGGCCCAUUCACUUUUUACUGGACUUCACGACCAGGCGUCCCCAGGUGCCCACCACCAUGCCCUCAAUGGGCAGAUGCGCCUGGGUAUACCGGGGGACAUCUACGGCAGGCCAGAGCACUUCGGGCACAGGCCAGAGCACUAUGGACCCUCUUCUCUCCACAGCUACAACUCCAUGAACCUCAAUGUGAACAUCGCUUCUGCUCCUCACGGAGCGGCGGGGGCGUUUUUAAGAUACAUGCGGCAGCCCAUAAAGCAAGAGCUAAUCUGCAAAUGGAUUGACCAGGAGCAAAGUCAAAAAAAGCCCUGCUCUAAAACUUACAGCACCAUGCACGAACUGGUCAACCACGUCACGGUGGAGCAUGUCGGGGGACCGGAGCAGAGCUCCCACGUCUGUUUUUGGGAGGAAUGUCCACGGGAAGGAAAGGCUUUCAAAGCGAAGUACAAACUGAUAAAUCACAUCCGAGUUCAUACGGGAGAAAAGCCCUUCCCGUGUCCUUUCCCGGGUUGUGGAAAAGUCUUCGCUCGAUCGGAGAAUUUAAAGAUUCACAAGAGGACUCACACAGGAGAAAAACCUUUCAAGUGCGAGUUUGACGGCUGUGACAGAAAAUUCGCCAACAGCAGCGACCGGAAGAAGCACUCUCACGUCCACACCAGCGACAAGCCUUACUACUGCAAAGUCCGUGGCUGUGACAAAUCCUACACACACCCGAGCUCGCUGCGGAAGCACAUGAAAGUGCACUGCAAGUCCCCGCCGCCCCCUUCCACCAACGUCAGCUACAUUUCCUCCACAAAUCCACUCGGAGACCCUCUUUCACCCAACUCCGAGCCGCACAGGAACCGCUCCGCGAACCUCUCCCCUCAGGUCACCAACCUAAACGAGUGGUACGUGUGCCAGGGGAGCGGAGGACCCAACCACCUCCACACCCCCUCCAGCGAUGUGCCAACGUCAGAUUCAGACGAGGACUCUUUCAGAAAUUCAGACCCGAGGACAAUGCUCUGA